UCAGGGCAAAGCCGACCCGAUACUUUGAUAGGGUUUCGAAAGCUCGACUUCUUUAGAGCUCUUUCCUCGCAAUCUUCAACUCCCAGCGGCGCGAGCUCUGUUUGAUAGUGUUGCAAGUUCGGCGAUUCAAUGGCUCCAAAGAAGGAUAAGGCUCCGCCGCCGUCGUCGAAGCCGGCCAAGUCCGGAGGAGGCAAGCAGAAGAAGAAGAAGUGGAGCAAAGGAAAACAAAAAGAGAAGGUCAACAACAUGGUUCUGUUCGACCAGGGUACUUACGACAAGCUGCUCUCUGAAGCUCCCAAGUACAAGCUAAUCACUCCUUCCAUCCUCUCCGAUCGUCUCAGGGUGAAUGGAUCGUUGGCGAGGAAGGCGAUUAGGGAACUGAUGGCAAGAGGUUUGAUCAGGAUGGUCUCUGCUCAUUCAAGCCAGCAGAUCUAUACCCGAGCUGUUAGUGUUGUAGUAUAUGAUCCACGAUUGAACCUCUCCCAACAACUCGAGUUAUUGGGAUCAACUGGUUCUUGACAUGGUAUCAGAGCCUUAUGUGACCGAGAGGUCUUGUGUUCGAUUCCCGGUGACCCCCAUUUGUUAAGCACAUGGUAUUCUUGUCUUCAGACCUGUGCAAACUUCAAGCCCUUGUGAGUGGCUUUCGUUUGAGGGGGCGUGUUAGUGUUGUAGUAUAUGAUCCACGAUUGAACCUCUCCCAACAACUCGAGUUAUUGGGAUCAACUGGUUCUUGACACGAGCAACAAACACUUGAAUCUAGUUUACUCCCCCAUUUUUAUCUAAGAUUCCGUUAAGUAGAUAAUUUUUUGUUCACUUUUGGCUUCAAUGUGGCACUGUCUGUUUAAUCUCGCUCUUAGAGAGUGCAGUUUUUCAAGUGUAUGAACUAUCAAGUAAAAACUCAUAUUAAUUACUUUCCCUUUUUCAGUGUAAUGGUAGUUCUAUCCGUGCAAUGGUAUCAGAGUGUAAUAGUAUCAGUGAUGAGUGCAAUGAUAUUUGUAUCAGUGAGAACGUAAAUAAUAUAAAUUUUUAAUUCUA